CUAACACCCAACUCGAUCUGUUGCAGUUGCAAAGCGAGGGGCGUCACGGCAAUAGGCCGACUCGUAUAGCAAGAAAGGAAAGUUUCUCUUCGCAUCUGGAAGAGUUACGACUUCCUUAUAUACCUGAACCCUCCUCCUCCUCCUCAGCCCACGGCUAGCCCCAUCAAUUCUUCCACUCAAGCAAAGUCAGGGAACCGUAGGGCUGCAUCAACGGCUGGCGCCAUGGAAAAUUUCAAUAGCUCUCCUGGGUGUGGACGUGGUAAAGACCCCAAGAUAAGGAAGUCCGAAGUACGCAAGGAACAAAAUCGGGUCGCGUCAAGGGCCUAUAGAGAGAAAAGAAAGCAAAAGCUGGCGCUCCUUGAACAGAUUCUCCAAACCGAGUCUCGAAAGUCGCCAGGCUCAACAUCCGAUUUCGACGAGACUUACGGUGCAUUGCCUGUCCUCCGAAGUAGAGAAUCGAGUAGCUCCGCUCCAACACAGCUACCUUCUGUGCCUGUUCCGACAUCAUGGCCUAUGGACAGUCAGGCAUUAGCCCCGGCUAUGACUUUUGGGGAAGACUCAUUCCAUGAGGCGUGGAUGAACGUAUUCGAUCGAACCAAUGACACGUUCGACGGCGGCAACGACUUCGUGUCUACUUUUGACUCCAAAAAUAUUAUCGACAACUCUGCGUCCUAUCUACCUACUUUUCCAUCAAUGCCACACAUACCAUCUAUGAUAACGAUGGCUCUGGACCCUUUACUAUCAGAGGCCCACCUCAACCCCUAUCAUCCGACUCAGUCUGCAGAUACGGCGCGCGCAUCAUCUCAGCGCAACUCUGCAUGCGACCAAUCGUGGUUUGGAUCGGGUGACGAAACCUCAAUGGCCGUUGCGCUCGAGACGUUCUCGAGGCUGAAUGAAGCACAACAGCAGCAACUCUUGGCCGUCCUUAGCAAACGGAAAAGUAGUGCGGAAUAUAAUGCCAGUGAACAGGAUUGGAGCAGAGAUCAUCAUGCCGUGCAGUCGUCAGGUAGGGUAACCACACGACCCAUGGAGUUCCGAGAGGAGAACUAAAGGGUUGCUUCAUUCAACCACUUACACAUUCCACAGACCAAUUUCUCGGGGCCGUUCAUCACCCAGGCAAGAGUCAUCGGUGUGAUGCUCAAUCUCCUGCCCCGGGGGAUCAGCAUUUGUCGGUUCAGCAUCUUUGGACAGGAAAGAC